ACUAUUGCGUAAUAUAAUAGUAAGUGUGUGUACUGGGCGUUAAAAAAUCAUUGAAGUUUAAAGUUUAUUUAAUUUUUCAAGGACAAAUCAGACGACAAUGGAGCGUUUUAAUUUCGUAAUACGGUAAAAGUAUACAACAAAAUUAUAUGUAUAUUUAGAUUCUAUUGGUGAAUCAUUUUAUAACAAGAGAGCAGUACAAAUAACGUGCUCCAAAGUACGUCACGUACUGAGAAAAUUAACAAACUUGCCAAAAUGUGUCUAGUGGACAAUGUCAUUACAAUCGUGACUAAAACAAAUUAAAAUUUAUUUAAUUAUUAGUAUUUCUUUUUACCACAUAAUUAAUCAAUGAUUGUUGGAUAAAUAAAUAAAAGCUAUAAAUUGUUAUUUAAUGUUGUCAUUCAGACACUCUGUUGUUACUAACGUGAUACUGUUUGAUGUAACAAUUAAAGUACCGCGUGUACUUAAUAAUUCUUGGGACAAUCAGCUGAUCAAGAUUUAGUACUUGUAUUUUUUACUAUUUUAUUUUCUAGCAAAAAUUUUUUAAAUAAGAUAAAAAAAAAAUGAGGAUAAUAUUUGUAAAAAUAGGUGAAUUGUCACGAAGAUAUCCAAUAGUGCGGGGUAUGGCAUCUUACACAGUAAUUUGGCCGACAGCCUGUUUGCUACAACAAAAAAUAUCGGGUAAAGAAAAAUUAGACUACAUACAUGCGUUGAGAUUUAGUCUUUAUGGUGGAUUUUUUGUCGGUCCAACUUUAUUUGCUUGGUUGAAAAUUGCAACAUAUUUGUGGCCAAAACCUAAUCUGCGGUCUGCAAUUACAAAGGCCUUGGUUGAGCAAGUUACUUAUGGCCCAGCAGCAAUAUGUUGUUUUUUCUUUGGAAUUAAUUUGUUAGAAUUUAAACCAAUCUCGGAAUGUGUUGAAGAAGUUAAAAAUAAAUUUUUCCCUACUUGGAGGAUUGGUGUAUUUGUAUGGCCAAUACUCCAGACAAUAAACUACGUGUUCAUUCCGGAGCGUAAUCGUGUUGUCUAUGUUAGUUUCUGCAGCUUAGGAUGGACAUCACUAUUAUCGUACGUUAAAUCAUUAGAAACAAGUCAACUUAAUAGCGGAACUGUACUGAUGAAAGAACCCCAAGUUCUUGUACCUGCUGUUACUGGCACUAACAACAACAACAAUAAUAAUGAUAAUAAUAAUAAUUCAAGUAAAAAUCAAACUACUGAAAGUACUCAAAAAAAACCAACGUCUUUAUCUUAAAAUCAAAGUAUAUCUCUAGAUGCCAAUUUGUAUAAAUUUAUUUUUUAUUUUAUUUAAUUAUUUAUUAUCAUUAUUAUAUAACUUGUAAUUUAAUGUAAAUAUUGAUAGCAAAUUUUAAUUUCAGUAUUUGUUUCCAAAUAUUAUUUAUUUAUAUUAGAGUAUGUAAUGUUAAAUAAAUUUAUUGAAUUGUUACAAAUUAAA